AUUUAAAAAAAAACAGAUCUACACUCACACCUUUGCGCGUGCGCACACGAAAUGCUGCUGCUCUUAUGGAACGCGCGUGCGUCAUAUUCGAUUUGUGCAUUAAUAUUUUGUAACGUCACUGAAAAAGCUGCGGUUUCUUCUGCACCUACAUUUUCUGGUUCAGAUGAGUUCAGUGAGAAGCGCUAACGGUCCAAAUUCACGGAAAAGCACACUUAGUGAUUCAGUUUCUUCAACUUUCGUUUUAAGUGAAGCCAUGUUGAGAAGAAGCCAAAGACUUCAGUCUAACGGCUAUUACGGCAGCCAAGGAGAGCCGUUAAUCUCCUACAAGGAGACUUUAUGCAGAAUUUUCAAAAGGCGACGUCCCCAUCCAGGCCUUGACAAUAUUGACCAAGACACAGUUGAAUACAACACUGAUGACUGUGACACUGUGGACUACAACAACGAUGAUUUUGUUGACUACAGUAGUGACAGCAGCAGAGGUCUCUUUAGAGCCAUCAAGGCACUGGGACUUUUGGUCCUCAUGCUGGCCUUCUGUUUUGGAUUGAUUUUCAGUAUUGGAGGGCUCAAAAUGGACUUUUCCACCCCGUUCAUGAGUGAGUACUUAAUGAACGGACAUGAACAGGUGGAAAGGCAGGUACAAGAGCUGCAAAGGGAGUUAAUGGACUUGAGAAAAAGAAUUGACUUCCUUCUUCCAGUUGGGGACAGGAUGCCCAACUUUGCUCUGGAGGAACUGGGAGCAGAGAUUGUUAAAGAACAGUCUUCAGCAUCCUACCUUUCAGAACAGGCUGGAUUGAAGCUGUUGGGGCUUACACUGAUACCCGCAAAACCACCCUGUGUAAGCCCAAGAGUCGUUAUUCAGGGUCGAGCACCCAUGGUCCCAGGAGCAUGUUGGAGUUUUGCGGGCUCCCAGGGACAUUUAACAAUUAAGCUGCCAUACAGCAUCGCCAUCAGUCAUGUGACACUGGGUCAAAUUUCUAAGAUGGUGUCACCAUCUGGAAAGGUCUCCAGUGCUCCCAGGAUGUUUUCAGUGUUUGGGAAGAGAGCAUUAGACGACAGUGGUGUCCACCUGGGAACAUUCGUCUAUGAUGAAAAUGGAGAUCCACUCCAAACAUUCAGGAUACCCGACGACAAAGUAGAUGUCAUCCGCUACAUUACGCUGCAUGUGUUGAACAACUGGGGCAAUCGCGAGUAUUCCUGUCUGUACAACUUCCGAGUUCAUGGAAAGCUGGCAUAACCAGCUUCCCAUGAACUCCAUCUAUAUAAGAAAAGAGAGGAAAAAUGUGAAAGUGAAUCAGACUGCAACACAUAUUGAAAUAAUUGUAUUUGAAAAAAAAUGUCCAUUUAACCCAUUUUUUUCCUGCAGCGAACGUCCAUCCUACCAGGUAAGACAUGUCUGAUUAAGAUGUUUGCAGUCUGAUUCACCUCACCCCCAACCAGCCGUGGCAGAGGGCUUGCCCCUCCCUGAGCCUGGCUCUGCCAGAGGUUUCUUCCUGUUAAAAGGGAGUUUUUCCUCUCCACUGUUGCCAAGUGCUUGCUCAGAGGGGAUCAUCUGAUUGUUGGGGUUUUCCUUCUCUUAUAUUGUAGGGUUUUUACUCUACAUAGACAGUGCUUAACAAAUUUAUUACAUCACCUGUCAUAAAAAUAAGAACACCCCAAAUUUUUUAAACCUGUAAUUCUUACAUUAGGUGAUGUUCGACUAACUUUGUUAAGCACUGUGUUAUUGUGAAUUGGCCCUCAAUUGGAACUCAGCUGGACUGAAUUAAAUUUCUUGUAAAACAUAAACAUUCUCUAAAUUGCCUCCACUGGAAAUUUAGAGAUAUUUUUAAAACAACAAGAAUAAAAUUUUA